AUGGUGGUGGUGGUGAUGGUACUAAUGAGGCGGUUGGGGCUGGGGCUGGGGCUAGGGUUAUGGCUCCUGGAAAUGCUGGGGCCGAGGAAUGCUAAUGGGGCAGGGGUUGGGACAGGGGCUGUGGCUUCUGGAAAUGCUGGGGCGGGAAAUGCUAAUGGGGUAGGGGAUGGGGCUGGAGUUGAAGCUGGGGUUGGGGCUGGGGCUGUUGAAAAUGCUAAUACUAAUCAGGGGAAUGCUAAUGGGGCUACUGCUAAUGUGAUGAAUCAGACUACUACUGAUGCAAGGAAUCAUGUGAAUGAUUUAGAAGCUGUUGAGCUUGUUGAGAUUGAGGACGAGGAUGGUGAGAACGAGGAUUUUGAUGUUGCUGCUGUUGAGGUUGAAAAUGAGGAUGGUGAGAACGAGAUUCUUGAGAAUGAGGAUGUUGGGCCUGGCCAAAUGAAUCUCUCCAGUUUCCUGGUUCUGAUCUGGAGCUUUGGCAAGGACAUCUUAAAGAGGGUAGCUUUCUGUGAGCUACAGGCAGCUACCAACCAUUUCAGCGACAAAAAGAUUGUGGCCAGGGGCAGGAAGAAAAUAGCUCUCGGAGCAGCGAGAGCAAUUUCCCAUCUGCACAAUCACGGCGUAAUCCAUGGGGACAUUAAGCCCCAUAACAUACUGCUGGAUGAGAACUUUGAGGCUCGUAUUGGUGAUUUCGGGAAGGCCAUCUUCAUGGACAAGGAUGAAGAGAAGGGUGUUUCCAAGGAAGCCAGCUUAUUUAGCCUCAGCUUUGUUAGCACCCAAAUAGGCAGGACGUAUGGUUAUCUCGAUCCAGAGUACUCCAAAAGUGGGAUGUGCUCAGUGAAGAGCAAUGUCUAUGGUUUUGGGGUGACCCUUCUCGAACUCAUCAGCAGUCGUUGUGCUCAGAGAAGAAUCAGUUCUCCGGGGCUGCUGCUACCUGAAUGGGCAGGGGUGCUUUUCAAAGAUGAAAAGUCAGAAAGGCUAGUCGAUGCUGACAUAAGGAGCGGGCAUAAGGAAGGCGAAGUCAAGAAAACCAUCCUGCUAGCCCUAAUUUGCACGCAACUCGACCCCAGAAAACAACCUAAUAUGGUGGAAGUAGUCCAAAUUCUUGAAGGGGCUAUUAGCUCGGAGAAGAGGGGGGAGGAGUCCGAAAAUGACAGCAUUAUGCCGACGCGUCAAUGGCUGCCCAAACUCUAA